AAUAAACGAACGUCCUUGUCUAUGAAAACUUAUCAGUUCACCAAUGAACUUUAAUAAAACCGGUUCAGUCUUAAAAUUCAUUUUAAUUAAAUAUGCUAAAUAUUCGACAAAUUUCACCCGAACUAGCCGAAAAGGCUCGAACUCAACUAAACGAAGUUGAAGCACGUAUUCCUCAAGAUAUUGCAACUCUUCGAGAAUGGAUCGAGAAACAACCACAUCUGAAAUCAAGGACAAAUGAUCAAUUCUUGCUGGCCUUUCUACGAGGCUGUAAAUAUAGUUUGGAGAAGGCAAAACAAAAAAUCGACUAUUUCCAUGCAUUUCGAAGUAUUUCUCCGGAUAUAUUCCUUAAUAAUCAAGUUUCUGAAAAAUCAAUGAAACUAACAAGACUUGGGCAUUUAAUUCCCUUGCCAAAACCACUAAAACCCGAUGGACCUCGCAUCGUUCUGACUCGCUAUGAUGGUAUCGACCUCAACGAGUUCUCAUAUAUUGAACUUUUUAAAAAUCAAUUGCGUAUCAAUAACAUUAUGAUGCUUGAAGAUGAUAAUUGUGUGAUUGGAGGAAUUAUCAAUAUAAUCGAUAUGACACAUGUGACAUUAGGGUUUCUUUUGAAAUUUGAUCCAGUGGUUGGCAAAAAGCUCGGAGUUUUUUCGGAUAAGGCAAUGCCAUUUCGAGUAGCUGGCAUACAUUUUAUAAACUUUCCACAUGAAGCAAUAACAUUUAUGAAAAUGGUGCAACAUUUAAUGCCUAAGAAGAUUCUUGAUAGGAUGACAAUUCAUUUGACAACUGAAAGUUUAUAUGAACAUGUACCCAAAGAGUAUCUUCCUGAAGAAUAUGGUGGAAAUAAUGGACGUAUUAGUGACUGUAUCGAAACUAUUGAAGAACUUAUGGUUAAGUACAAACCAUAUUUUGAAGAAGACGAUCAAUACAAAACAGAUGAGAAACUACGAGUGGGUACAAAAGUUAGUUCGGAAUCUUUAUUUGGAUUGGAUGGAUCAUUUCGGAAAUUGGAAGUGGAUUGAGUGCAUUUGAAAAAGAUAAUUUUAUUGUUGGUAAUACAAUUUUAUAGUAAGUAUAAUAAAAUUUAACUAUCUGGCUUUAUAUAUUUACAUAUCAA